GAAGUGACGCAGACGGGCCCGUCAGACUAUGUUGAUGUUUUGUGCACGAGCUCUCGCCCGGGAAGACAGAGACCUAUUUUUGUUUUUUUUCUCGUUUGUUUGUGUGUUGUGUUCCGUCCAAACGUCGAUGGAAAUCGUCGUGUUGUCGACGGGCAACAUUCGCUCGAUGAUUCGCGGCUAGCCAGACAGUUUGACGCCGAACACAGCCAAUCUUUUGAUCCAAAAAGGCGGACAACUGACUCGUCGCCCUCUACCCCUCCACCCCACCCCCACCCCUUCUCCUCCCGCUCCUCCUCCUCCUCCCCCCCACCAUGACGAUCCUGCCCAAAAAGAAGCCCAGCUCCGGGGUUGGGGUCGCGGAUCACGCUGAUGACAGCGACCGACGGAGCGUCGCGGACCCUCACCAGCACCCGCACCCUCACACAGGGAGGAGCGGAGCCCGGCCGCGGGCUUCUCCCCCGCCGUGGACGUACCAGCCCGCGCCGCCCUCUGCCAGAGACGAGCGGCGGAGCAUCGAGGCGAGCUCCCGGCCGCAGCAGGCCUCUCCUCCUCCCGGCGGCUCCGUGGCCUCCGCCGGGCCGUGCGACGGCGGCGGCGGAGUCGGUGGCGGCGGACUGGUGCCGACCUCCCGUGGGGACCUAGUGGUGCAGGCUGGCGUGGUGGGCUGCGGCGGAAGCAUCGGCGGCUGCUGCUCCGGGCCCGGACUCAGUAAGAGGCGGCGACAAGCGGGCACCUGCUCCGGCUCGGCGGCGCUGGCCGGAGGGGGGCAAGCCGGUGUGAGCGGUCCCGGCGGCUCUAGCCAAGAACCGGACGAGGGAGCCGGCGGAAACAACAGCGAGGAUGAGUACGAGAACGCCGCUCGCUUGCAGGCCGUUGACCCGGCCACUGCCGAGCAGCAAGAGCACUGGUUUGAAAAGACCCUUCAAGACAAGAAAGGUUUUGUUAUCAAGAAGAUGAAGGAGGAUGGAGCGUGUCUCUUCAGAGCUGUUGCUGACCAGGUUUAUGGCGAUCAGGACAUGCACGAAGUGGUGAGGAAACACUGCAUGGACUACCUGAUGAAGAAUGCAGACUACUUUUCCAACUACGUGACAGAAGACUUCACCACGUACAUCAACCGGAAGCGGAAAAACAAUUGCCAUGGCAACCACAUUGAAAUGCAGGCCAUGGCAGAAAUGUACAACAGGCCUGUGGAGGUGUACCAGUACGGCACAGAGCCAAUCAACACCUUCCACGGCAUCCACCAGAAUAACGACGAGCCCAUCCGAGUGAGCUACCAUCGUAACAUCCAUUACAACUCUGUGGUCAACCCCAACAAGGCCACUAUUGGCGUGGGCCUCGGCCUGCCCGCCUUCAAGCCGGGGUAUGCGGACCAAUCCCUGAUGAAGUCGGCCAUCAAGACGUCCGAGGAGUCGUGGAUCGAGCAGCAGAUGUUGGAGGACAAGAAACGAGCAAGCGACUGGGAGGCAACGUGCGAGGCUAUCGAGGAGCAGGUAGCCAGGGAAUCUUACCUGCAGUGGCUUCGGGACCAGGAGAAGCAGGCCCGGCAGCCCAGGAAAGCAAGCGCCACCUGCAGCUCAGCCACGGCAGCAGCCUCCAGUGGCCUGGAGGACUGGACGGCUCGAUCUCCGCGGCAACGAGACUCUGACCCCUCCCACUCGGGCCUCACCAGCGCCCCGUCAACAGUCAUCAAACCACCUUCCCCUGCCGGCGCCGCCCUCAUCCUUAAUAAGCCGCCCUCACCUUGUGCGCCAGGUCCCAGUAAUCAGAGUCGUCAUCAUUUAGAGUACAGAGCCAUUAUGCAGGAGAUGUCACCUACAGCAUUUGGUCUGAGCGACUGGGAGGACGACGAGAUCCUGGCGUCAGUCCUGGCCGUGUCCCAGCAGGAAUAUUUGGACAGCAUGAAACAUCAGAGCGGCGCCGUACAGCAUCGAGAGCGAGAAGCGUCGCCUGACAGCAGCUGAUGGACGCACACACAUGACCUAUAACCCCCCCCUUCACCCGUGAACCACUGAAGACAAAGCCUGAAGAAAGAAAUGCAGUUAUUUUUUCUCUCAAACCUUCAUCCAUCCUUCCCUCUCUUUGUCUCUUCCUCCGAGCGGGUACUUGAGUGGAUUCUGGCUCAACGAGGCAGUCAGGAACACGCUAACCACAGAUCAAGUCACGGAAGAGAUCUAAUCCAUGGGAACAAAACACGCAUUUCUUCUGCUUGCAUUUUCCGCGUUAUCACACACGAUCACUGACCCGCUACGACGGCAAGCCGGACGGCUUUUGUCCACAAAAAACAAUGUUGUCACAUGACCUCACGUUGAUUUUUUUGAUUUUGUCGUAAUUUAUUCUGGUUUGCACAAGUUACACUGCUCACAAAAAGUUAGGAAUACUGGGCUUUCGGGUGAAAUUUCACGAAGAACCUAAGAUGCACUAUAGGAGCACAUGGCGACUGCCACUCAGCCACUACUGUAUCAUUCUGAUUGGCUGUCGACCCAACUGCAAGUUGAUUUUGUCCACAGUAGCCAAAACACACAAAAAAAGCAAGGUCAUGGUAUCAUCAUUUCAUCGUUAAAUAGUUGCUAAUUAGCUGCUAUCCUAAUCUACUUUGGUGACAUGAGAUUUCCUUGUGUCGUGUUAUCAGCUAACAGUUAGCUGGGACAUAGAGAAAUUUAUCCCAGGUUGAAAUGUUUUUGACUCUUUGGAUAUUUUGUUCUACUUCAGUGAGUUAGCAUAACUCUCCUAACUGCAUCACAAUCAUGUCAUCGCUUAGUGUGGCUGAAUUUAGGCGGUUCUUUUUGACGAGGUAGUAUUCGCAUGUUUUCUGCUGACUGGCAAAUUAAGUUUCCCUUCCGGUUUGUAUAGAAAGAUCGUUAUUGAACAUGUAGCACAAUAAAGUGAGUAAGGCUAAUCUCUGACAUCAUGCUACGCUUUCAACGCCUGAAGUCUACCCCUUGGCUUUGUACAACUUGAAAGGACUUCCUGUUGGCGACCAGUGUGUUUUGAGUUCUAUUGAUAGGUUGGAAAUCUAUUUUUUAAAAAUGUCUGUUUUCCUCUUACCUCUAUCAUCAUCAUCAUCAUUAGCUGCAUGUUUGAUCGAGACCAAUAUCGCCAUGGAGACAAAGUGACAAAUGAGAGAGAAAAAUAGAAUUGCCACCUCUCAAUGAUUGAUUAUUGUUAUAAUUAAUAAUAUAAGUUUGUUUUUAUUUUAUCGCUUGGGUUGAAAAUAACUUUUUCUUGGAAUAAAAAGAGGAAAAUAUUUCAGACAGA